GUGUUCUUGUGACUUCCUGGUGUGAUCAGGCUCUCUUGGCCCUGUUCUGAUUGGAUGCUCCUCUGGGGACCCUGUGGAGCUCCACCGCAACAGCUGGGUCCACUUGUCCAUCCAGGCAGCUUCAUCCAUUCCCCAGAGGCAAGAAUUUGUCCUGUCCUAAGGAAACACAGUCUUGGUUUCCACACUGCUUCUGCAACUUGGCUUCAAUCUCUUUGUACAUCACCUCAUCGGGAUACAGAGCAUCAUGGACACAUCAUGUGGUACCUGCCCAGUCCAUUGGUGACCUCUCUCUUUGAAACAGGUGUGGGCACCCCAGGAAGCCAUGCUUACAACUACACGACCCUGUCCUCCAGCCAGAGUUGACUGGAUAAAGAUGGGUGCCUGAUUACAUGAGCCAAUCAGAUCCUUUCUCCUGUGAAUCUGGGGUUAUGACCUAGUGACUUUUGUGGGUAGUUGUUUAAAGGAAGGGGUCGUGCACUCAGUUGCUGUGAGGCAGCCAUGUUUGGUCAUGGGCUUGGGGAAGAGGAGGAGAGAGAGAGGGGGAAAAGGGAAACAGAGGUCAAGGAAUCUGUGGGCAGGGUGAUAAAGGGAUGCAGAAUAUUGCUCCCACAAUUCCUGGUGGUUUUUCAGAUGCUAUUUCCAGAAAUGUCUGAAGCUACUGCUCUUCCUGCCCUUGUGUUUGAUAUGAUAACAGUGGUUCUAACAUAAGGAUAGCUGGGUGACGUAGUGGACACCUAUUGUCUUAGCUUUUCAGGUCUUGAUAUUCCCCCUUCUUCCAGAAAUAGCACCUUGAUUUUCCCAGGGGAACUACCCCCCUUUUACUUCCUGUCCAUGGUGUUCAGCAAAGCUGAUUCCAUCUUCACCUGACUCUAAGCUGGCCCCGUCAUAGCAUUUUAUCCCCUGAGGGUGAUAAGUGGUUCAUAAAUGGACACAUGACCCAGUUAGAACCGAUGAGGACUCCAUUCUGGGAGUGAGAAGACAGUGAGAAGACAGACUCUAUUGGUCCUGUGGUUGCUGAGAGGGCUGGAGCCACUGGUGCCAUAUUGUUCCCAGGAGGAGAGGCUCACUGCUGAGGUAGAGAGAAUGUACCUGGACCAUCAUUUAAGCCUUAGAUCCAGCUGUGCCUGAAGCUGGCACUCAUCCUGGUCUUUUAAAUUAAGUGAGCCAAAUGACUUCUCUUUUUGCUUAACCCAAUUUUAGUUGGUUUCUUCUGUCACUUACAAAGGAAAUGCUCCUCUCUAAUACUCCACACAGUAAGCUCCUCCUUUUCACUUGAGCUAGUUUGAGUGGGUUCUGUUACUUACGAUCUAAAGAUGUUGGACUAAGAUUAGGAUUGAGUUUCUAUUCUGAUGACCAUGCUUCUACUCCUUUCCCAGUGACUGUUGGUUCUUUUUCCUUUCUCUUUUGAGAACCUGCCUGGGAAAAAGAGAAGUGGGAACGCCCAUUCAUCAAAUGAUUACAAUUUUAAUGGUAACUCUGAAGAAGGGAUUGUAAUCAGCCAGAAGUGAGCUGAGGAUCAAUGAAGGCAAGGCUGUACAGAUGAGGAAGCUGAAGCUCAAACAGGAGAAGAACGAGAGGUUAUGCCACGCCCAGGGUUAUGCAGCAGGAAAAGCUCGUCUUGGAACACAGUGAACACCUACCUCUUCAUGAUGCAGGCUCAAGGCAUUCUCAUCCGGGACAACAUGAGGACGAUCGGCGCUCAGGUUUACGAGCAGGUGGUUCGGAGCGCUUAUGCCAAGAGGAACAGCAGCGUGAAUGACUCAGAUUAUCCUCUUGACUUGAACCACAGCGAAACCUUCCUACAAACCACAACUUUUCUUCCUGAAGACUUCACCUACUUUGCAAACCAUACCUGCCCCGAAAGGCUCCCUUCCAUGAAGGGCCCCAUAGCCAUAAACAUGAGUGAAAUUGGAAUGGAUGCCAUCCAUGAACUCUUCUCUAAAGACCCAACCAUCAAGCUCGGAGGUCACUGGAAGCCAUCGGAUUGCAUUCCUCGAUGGAAGGUGGCAAUCCUUAUCCCCUUCCGGAACCGCCAUGAGCACCUCCCGGUCCUGCUCCGACACCUGAUUCCCAUGCUCCAACGCCAGCGCCUACAGUUUGCAUUUUAUGUGGUGGAGCAAGUUGGCACCCAGCCCUUUAAUCGAGCCAUGCUUUUUAAUGUGGGUUUUCAAGAAGCAAUGAAGGACCUGGACUGGGACUGUCUUAUUUUUCAUGAUGUGGAUCAUAUACCAGAGAGCGAUCGUAACUAUUAUGGAUGUGGACAGAUGCCAAGGCACUUUGCAACUAAACUGGAUAAGUAUAUGUAUCUGCUUCCUUAUACUGAGUUCUUUGGUGGAGUGAGCGGCUUAACAGUGGAACAGUUUCGGAAAAUCAAUGGCUUUCCUAAUGCUUUCUGGGGUUGGGGUGGAGAAGAUGACGACCUGUGGAACAGAGUGCAGAAUGCAGGCUAUUCUGUGAGUCGGCCAGAAGGUGACGCGGGGAAGUACAAGUCCAUUCCUCAUCACCACCGCGGAGAAGUCCAGUUUCUUGGAAGGUAUGCGUUGCUGAGGAAGUCCAAAGAACGGCAAGGGCUGGAUGGCCUCAACAACUUGAACUACUUUGCAAACAUCACAUAUGACGCCUUGUAUAAAAACAUUACUGUCAAUUUGACACCCGAGCUGGCUCAGGUGACUGAGUACUGAGACGAGGGGAGAAUAUAUGUUUGCUUCACCCACCGCCCCCAAGAAAGCAGCCUGACGACAUGUCUCGGGGCUCCGCAGAGGAAGAAAACAGAAAUCCAGUGUGGAUCCAUGAGGGAUCACAGGGUUCAAGGAAAAAAUGUGAACAGAGCACACGCACAUAACGCCUUCACCGUUUGGACCCACUGGACUUGAGGGAGUCAGCCGGGAACUGACUUGCUCUUUUCACAAGACAGACGUCUGUCCUGCUGCUCUUCUCCCUCAUCUUCUGCCCUGACGUCCCAUCUCCUCCACAAUCUGCAGAACCGGAACUGUGAUCCGCCACCAUCCCGCCACGAAUGGCCUUGGGAGCUUCUUGCCCUUCAGAGCAAAGAGGCAGACCCACCACAGGGCAGCUGUGUUUUAGGAAGAGCAAAGGCAACUCCACACAACCAUUCUUCUACAUCUCUGGUGUUCUCUUUGGUUUCAUUAAAAAAAAAAAAAAAUUACCUGCUUUGGGUGGGGAUGAGGGGGGAGUGGGGGAGGGAUUGGGGAAGAUAAAUAGACAUAUAACAAUCACUUCUUGAAGAAGUAUAAUUGUAAAUAAGCCAUGUAAAAUGCCUUUUUUAAAUUUAAUUUUCUAGCUGGCUCCAAUUCAAACCGAGGGUUUAUAAAUUAGAUCCCGUAUUUGUUUGGCAGAUGCAGGAACUCAGCUCAAGUGGAAUAACAUUGUCUCCCAAAUUGCUGUCACUCUGGAAGGGAGUGGUUAUAGGGCAUGUCACAAGAGAGCAAAACAGUCCAAUCUUUAUCACCGGUAGCUAACUUCUUGUGCCCCCACCCCUGUCCCCUUUUCCAAAAGUCUUGCUCCCGACUUUGGCUCUGGAGUCUCUGCCCUGCUGGGCACGUCCACUCUCAUCCCAGUCUUGUGCUGAACACGAAGCUGCUGUGUUAGAACACUGCUCUCCCGCUUGAAGCAAACCCGUCAGGUGGGCCCACUGUGCACACACCCCUGGAUCUCUGGACUUCCUGUCUUGUCAUUCCAUCAUCGUAAAGAGAGAGUGUGGGUGUUGGUUUUCCCUACUUCCGUCUCUCUCUCUCUCUUUCUCUCUCUCUCUCCUUCUUUCGCUUGCUCUUAUGGAACUUGGCCACAGUUUCUGAAGUCUGUGCCUAAAUUACCAACCAGCUUCAGCGAUUCCUUUGAAUAUUUCCCAUUUUGGUUUCUGGAAAGCUUUGUCGUUAACACUAUUAACUAGGACAUAGAAUGAUGAGCAACUGAAUUAUGAAGAAUUCAGCCAGGGAGCAGGUGACACUCGUGUGCUAUGGGUCAGCUGGGAUCCAGGUUAGACCAAAUCCAAGCUUUGGGAUUAGACUAACAAAGCUGCCGGACGGCGGCCGCAGGAGCCCAAGUGCUCCAUUCACACCCCCAUGUGCUUUCUGAAGGCAGAUUCUCAAUCACAUUUGAAGUUGUGCCUUUGUGUUUUCGCCUGAGCCGAAUCCCUCACCUCAUAGUCCCCUUUGGCUUCUGCAGAAUUCUGAAAAAUGCCAGGUUUUUCCCCUCCUUUUCCAUAAAACAUAUUUAUAUAUCAUUAUUAGGAGUACUUUCUGAAGAGUACUUCAUGUUUUUUUUUAAUUGCCUUGUUUGCCUUCAACUUCCUUAAUUUUCAUGGUUUACAUGGGUGUGUGUAGAGGCUGUAUUUGUUUAUAUACACAUGGGUUGGGGGUUUAUUCCAUUGCAUGUGUUGGUUCCAUGGACGUAUGAUCCCCACACGCUGUGGGAGUGAUUGGCCAGGCCUUGUUUUUUUUGUUGUGUUUUUGUUCCUUCAAAGAGGAGAAUGCUAUUUAGAAAAUAAACUGCAUUGCAAACCUCUUACCAGCUCAUAUGAGAGAGCAGACUCCUGCCCUUGAACACGCUGGUAAGUUGUAUCAUAAUGUUUUAAAAGAGUUUUUUUUUUGUUUUUUUUUUGAGCAUUUCUUGCUUUAAAAGACCUUCACGAGGAACAUGACACACAGACGUUCUUUUGGCUUUCCUUUGAUGUAUGGUGCAAAUAGCAAUAAAGAUUUCUUUCCCCCCUUCCUUUGAGCACCCCCAGGCCUCUGGGCUAGCCUGGCCUCUUCUCUCUGAGGGCUGUGAGCUGCUUUCAGUGUGACAAAAUUAUGAUGUCAUUUGGAAGAAUUUGCCAGGACAGACUGAUUCUUGGUCAAGAAUGGCUCGUGUACACUCGGCAGCAUUGUAAAAUGAUAUUGUUUGAAGCCUUUCAUUAACACAUUUACCAUCAAGAACAAAAUGUUGGCAAAAGGCUAACACCUGAUUUGAAAAAGAAAAUGCUGAUUUGAGGACAAAAGGAAAAGUCUCUUUCCACUGCUCAAAGUAGGGUCAUUUAAAUCAUCUUGCAGUCAUGUGUGAGUUUGUUUUAUUCAUGUGAAAUCUCUUGCUGUGCACUGUAAGUCAUUUAUCCACCAAGCUGAGUAUCGUGUGGGGAAAGGUAAAAGUUAAAAACACAGCCAGGCCUGUGUGCUGUUAAUAGUGUGAAAUUCUCACGUUAAGAAAAAAAGAACAAUAAGAACCAAAUGUGACCUUGCAUAUAUUUUGACAGCUGAAAUUCUUUAAGGCUACCAAUGAAUGACCCCUUAAAUCAGUCUUGUCUUUUGAUUGCUGCGUAUAGGAAGAAGUUUUCCUUUCACGCUGUUUUGUUUUGGGGGGGGUUAUCAGCAAAACUAUUCAUUCUGACAUUACAGGGCCUCUUGUGAGAGCCUCUCUACCACAGACAUUAAGAGCUAAGCAGCAGCACACGUACUGAUUGUAUCCACUCACCAAUGACCAUUACAUUGAACGUAGCUCGCUUACUUCCAUCACUACGAGUUUUUUGAGCUUGCUCUUAUGUUUUAAGAGGUGCCAGGGGUACAUUUUUGCACUGAAAUCUAAAGAUGUUUUAAAAAACACUUUUCACAGAAAAUAGUCCUUUGUCAUUACAUUAUUUACUCAUGUGUUUGUACAUUUUUGUAUGUUAAUUUAUGAAUGAUUUUUUCAGUAAAAAAUACAUAUUCAAGAACCAAA